AUGGCCAUACUGACAGCACUCUUCGUGCUGUUGACAUUGACGGUCCAAACACUUGCCAAAGCCGUCAAUACCAGUUAUUUCUUGCCAAUUCCUGACAAACCACGGGUAUUCAUCGUCUCUGAUAUCUCAAAUGAGCCUGACGACGCCGAGUCGUUGACCCGGUACCUGCUAUACUCCAACCAAUUCCAGACAGAGGGCAUUGUCGCUGUCACAUCGACAUGGUUGAGAGACGAAGUUUAUCCUGAAGAUUUGCUAUCCGUGAUCGACGCCUAUGGAAACGUCACUGCCAACCUAAACCGCCAUGCUCCUCCGGAUUCUCAGUAUCCCUCAGGCAAACAUAUGCGCAGUCUUGUACGAAAAGGCGCCGCAACUUAUGGUAUGACUGCGGUUGGCAAGAAUGUGACUCUUAGCGAUGGAGGGAAACUGCUCCUUGAGCGCCUGGAAGAAGAGUCCGAGCAGCCAUUGUGGGUUCUUGCCUGGGGUGGAACCAACGUGCUGGCCCAAGUGCUCUACAAGAUCCACGAUACCUACUCGGCGACUGAAGCUGCUGCCAUCCGGUCCCGUCUCCGCGUCUAUGCAAUCUCCGACCAGGAUGACACUGGUGCCUGGAUACGCCAACAAUUCCCCGAUGUUUUCUAUAUUUCCUCAACUCACGGCUGGAACCAGUACGGUCUUGCAGCAUGGAUUGGAAUCUCCGGAGAAGACUACUAUGGCAGAGACGUGGGAGGUCCUGAUAAUACCACCGUUGACCACAAGUGGUUGCGCGACAACAUCCAGAUUGGACCGUAUGGUAAAGCUGCCUAUCCAAGCUUCAAGUUCAUCAUGGAAGGAGACACGCCUACCUUCUUGUAUCUGAUUCAGAAUGGACUGGGAGUCUCCGAGCAACCUGAUUAUGGGUCCUGGGGUGGACGAUACUCGAAAGUCAACCCGUCGACUGUUCUCAACUUCAAUCACUAUAGUAAUGCCGCCGACCACGUCGUCGGAAAGAACAAUAAGACCUUCGUCUCCAACCAAGCAACAAUCUGGCGAUGGAGGAGUGCUUUCCAAAAUGACUUUGCCGCUCGCAUGCAGUGGUCCCUUCCGACAAACGUCAGCAAAGCCAAUCACCACCCAGUCAUCUCGGUGAAUGGCAGUGCCUCGCUUGCCCCAUUGAACAUCACCGCUACGGCUGGUUCUACAAUCACAUUCAAUGCUGGGGCCACGUCUGAUCCUGAUGGCGAUUCUUUGAGCUUUAAUUGGUUCCAAUACCUUGAGCCUGGAUCAACUGAUUGGAAUGUCUCAGGCCAAGUUCCUGCACUCAAUGUUACAUCCACUAAUGGCGGCCGGGGAGCCAGGGUGCAGAUUCCUGCAGCUAGUGAUAGUUGCAAUGGAAAAGCCGUUACUGACUCUGGCUGCUGGUUGCUACACCUGAUCUUGGAAGUGACCGAUGAUGGCCACCAUCCUCUCACGAGCUAUCGCCGAAUUCUGAUCCAAACGACAAAUACUACCGAAACCUCGUCAUGA